UGCUAUUCCUAGAUUCACCAAACAUGUUCCUGUGUGUUUGUCUCGGUCCACAGUUGUAAUGAGUUGGCUGCUUGCAUCACCGUGCGGUGGUGACGUGUGGCGUCUGGGAGCUGUCCCAGGAAUCAUGGGGCUGAAGCUGCAGCACCAAUUCAGCAGCCAAUGAUCACAGGAGAAUCCGGGGCUACGGAUGCUUUCACCCGGACCAGGACAGUCCGACAAUCGCGUUGGGUUUUCCACGGACGGAUUUAAAACAUUCUGCCUGUUCCUCGGACACGGAGACUCGAUCACUGGGGGGAUGUAAGCUGCACAGAUACUUGCCAGCGACCUGCAGCCUGGCUGAAAAUCUAUGAGGAGGGGGGAGAAAAAAUCCCGAAACUGGAAAUCGCAUAGAAAUCGGUGUAGCUCGCCAGCUGUUUCAUUUGUUCAACUUAAUGGCUUCAGACACUUGUUUGCAUCGAUUGGAUUUAUUUGCAUCUUGCAUUUACACCCUCGUGGGAAGACAAUAAGAGGCAUACGAAAACAACAAAUCAGCACCAAAAAAAAAAACAACAACAACAACAACUAAAAAGGCUGCUGCAAAACCACGACACACGCCGGGAAACGCACCCCUGCCCCCCCCUCCACCACCCCAAUCCCACCACAUAUGAAGAAGUGUUUUCUUAUGACGGGGACACAUACAGUGCAGACUGUUUCCUUCCAGCACCCUUGCAUGGUGCUGUGAGUUUGUGGCCGGAGACAGCCCGAUGCAGCGCAGCCGGGGCAUGCUGAAGAGCCGCUGCUGCGUCCUGCUUGGUGACCUGAGGGUGCUCCUGCUCGGGCCACCGGCGCCGCCGACGCCGCUGCCCGCGCUGACCCCCAUGAGCGGCCACGCUUCGGAAAGCCAUGAGACCGGCGUCACCGUCCCCGACAACAACAACACGCUGACGAGGAGCCACCAGCAGGCGGGGGACCGGACCGCCCCACCUGCGGCCACCGGGCCACCGGGCGGAGAGCGACACGCGGCGGGCUGGGUCGACGCUGCAGAGCUGUCGGCGGCCCUGCGCGGCUGCAGCAGCUCCUCAGAUGACUGCUCGAAGGGGAAGCUGGAAGAGAGGUUCUCUCUCACCAGCUACACAGAAAGCGGCUUCAGGACGCCCGUGUGCAGGAUCUGCUUCCAAGGACCAGAACAUGGGGAGCUCCUGAGCCCUUGCCGAUGCAGCGGGUCAGUUCGCUGCACCCACCAGCCCUGCCUCAUCAAGUGGAUCAGUGAGAGGGGUUCCUGGGCCUGUGAGCUCUGCUACUACAAAUAUCAGGUCAUUGCCAUCAGCACCAAGAACCCGCUACAGUGGCAGGCCAUCUCCCUGACGGUGAUAGAGAAGGUGCAGAUAGCAGCAGCCAUCUUGGGCUCCUUGUUCCUGAUGGCCAGUAUCUCCUGGCUCGUCUGGUCAUCUUUCAGCCCGUCGGCCCGCUGGCAGCGUCAGGAUCUGCUCUUCCAGAUCUGCUACGGCAUGUACGGCUUCAUGGAUGUCGUCUGCAUCGCGCUAAUCGUCCACGAGGGACCGUCCGUGUUUCGCAUCUUCCACCGCUGGCAGGCCGUGAACCAGCAGUGGAAGGUCCUGAACUACGACAAGUCUAUGGACAGCGACGACCUGAAGGACACCACUGUAGACAGGACACUGUCUCAGCCCAGCCAGGGCUACCAGACUGGGAUAGGUGUGUCCACCUCCACCUCCUCACUGAUGGUGGUGGCCUCCACGGCCGCCGGCUCCACUUCCACGACCGUGGUGACGGCGGCGGGAGCGCUGGGAGCACACGUGGACCCCAGCGGCGGCAGCGGAGUGCCAGACCAACACUGUCCCUACAACAUCCUCCACCUACUCAGUCACCUGAGGCAGCCGGAGACCCGCAGCCAACCCAGCAAUAGCACAAGAGAGCUGGUCAUGAGAGUCACCACAGUCUGAGGAGUCAGUUGAGGCCUUAUCUCGCAAGGAGGGGGAAAGAUUUAUGAACCAGCUGACAGUUGAAAAAAAAAAAAAAAGAAGAAGUCCUACCUUAACUGCACUGGAUUAAUACCAUGUUCCUGUUUGUUUGUUUCAAAUUGCAUCUCUGAUGUCCUUAAAUUGAUUGAAUAAACGUCGAGUUGUUUGAUUUGCA